ACGUGGCACAGUCACGUGCCUGCGGCCUUAUACUUAAACCAGACGUGCGAGAAAGUUACGGCCAUACAAAGUCAAGCCACUUCAACGCUCGACAUGACCGAGGGAGGACAAACUGCCGAGACCGAUGCACCCCUGCAAUCAACGCCCAUCAUCGGUAGACAGCGCAGUGGCCGGCAGCCGGCACGCUCGUGCUCGGACAGCUUCUGGGCGAGCCCCGUGUUCCGCGUGCAGGUGCGCACUGCGUACUGCGCGCCGGCCCACGACGACGAAGAGGAUGCUGUCCCGCUUUCGCCGAUCCUGGCGGCCAACGUGACGACAAGCAGCGGACCCAUCUGCCGCAUCUGCCACGAGGGCGACCACGGGCUACCGCUGCUGUCGAUCUGCCUGUGUUCGGGUACCAUGGGGCUGGUGCAUCUGCUCUGUCUCGAGCACUGGCUUAGUGCUAGCGGUAGCGAGAGCUGCGAGAUCUGCCACUACCGAUUCAACGUAGAGCGCCGGCCCCGGGGCUUCUGCGAGUGGAUGCACAGCGCCAGCGUGCGCCGCGGCUUCUUCGGAGACCUGCUGUGCUUCGGCCUGCUCUCGCCACUGGCCUUCCUCUGCGGCGUGCUCUGCCUGCAUGGCGCCGCCCAGCAGGUGCUCCAGCGACGGCUCUGGGAGUCCAUCGGCCUCGCCUCGCUCGCCUUCAUGCUCUUCACCGUGUACAGCGCGUGGACCGUGCUCACUUUCCGCUACCACUACCGCGGCUGGAGGAAGUGGCGCGUGGCCAAUCCUUACGUCAAGGUGAUCGACACGCCGCGGGAUCCGCACUUCGUUCUCGAACCUGAAUACAAGCGGCCGCAGGACCGCGGUCGCAACGCCAUCGUCCCCGUCGCCCUCGUGCUGCCGCAGACCGGCACGGGCAGCUCGGCCUCGGCCUCGGGUCUCGAUUCGUCAUUCGAGAUCUGCUCUCCCAACACCGUGGCUUCCGGCAGCACUGCGUGGGAGUACUGCACUACACGCCUUUGAGACGGGUGCUGCGUACUUUUAAUGUAAAUUUUAUUACUUUUAUUUUCAUCACUCAGUUGUGUGCUUUUAUUCUUGUCACUGGUGCCUGACCAUCACAUAUACGGAAAAAUGUGUGUGUGUGUUCUAUGCAAUAAAUCAAUGCGCCUAGAAGUAA